UGCUGUCACGAGUCACAACAAAAACAUCGGACUCCGUGCUGAAAAUCAUGGCCUCGAUUACGUCCAUCAGCCGCAUUGCUGUUAAAUUUCUGCAGCUGCCGCAAACGGGAUUCCUAGCGCCAUGUCUGCAAAAUGUGGCCGCCCAGCAGCAGGUUCGUCACCGGCGCACCAAACACUGGGACCCCAAGUGGAAGCGAUUGCGUAAAGAAAAGUUUGUCAAGAUGGAAAUUCCCAACCUGAACGAGGACGUCAAGACCAUGAGCCAGGACGAGAUAAAAUCGCGCAUGAAGGAGCGUGGCCUGUUGCCACCGAGGCCGUGGCUGGAGCGGCCGUUCCACAUCAGUUGCACUGGGGGUGUCUUUGAGCCGUACAUUCCUCCGGAGGGUGAUGGAAAAAUGUCCGCCGUUUCCAAGGAGGGGGCCAAGCAAAAGUUCGAACAGCUGGAGAAGAAAACCAAGUCGAUGAUGGCAAUCCGGAAGAUUCGCAGCUACGACGACGAUUUCGAGCCGCCGGAGUUUGCCGGUUACGCGCAGGACAUUUACAUUGACACGCACAACACGUUGGCGGCCAAGAACAAGUACAAGCUGCGGGAGAUUGUAACCGAGCGCGCUUAUCCGGAGUUGAUCCACAACGUCAGCGAUAAGACGAUUCACUGGAAGUUCCUGAAGUCGCUUGAACCACCGCGGGUUGUCCACGCCCGGUGCACGGACGUCAUCUCGAAGGACAACAUCUUCGCCCAGGUCACGGUGCGGUUCCACAGCCAGCAGAUUCUGGCCAUUUACGAUCGGUUUGGUAGGUUGAUGCACGGCUCGGAAACGAUCGCCAAGGAUUGCCUCGAGUACGUCGUGUUUGAGAAGCACGUUUCGAACGAGUACGGCGUUUGGCGGUUGCACGAAAAGAUCAUUCCCGACUGGAUGCCGCCAAAGUCUCCGGCUUACAUCACCUAUCGGGUGGACGACGAGCCGCCGAAGGCCAUGGAGGAGAAACGAGAGGAGGCCGGGAAAGAGGUGACGAAGGCGGACGAAGUGCAGGGCGAGAAAGUGGCCACCACGGCGUAAGUGAGCGUGUAAUUGUUUGUCGUUUAGUAGAUUGGUUCAAUAAAUUGAGAGACCAAAUAA